UGCAUAAGACAUUACAGUUGUUUAAUCUUAUUUCUUCUUCCUUCAACUAAGUUUUGUAUUUGUUAAAGCAAACGAAACGACGGGCUCACAUAAAGAAAAUAUAAGCAAUAAAUAAUUUUCAAUUAUUCACUAAAUAAUAAUAAAAUUAAAAAAAAAACAUUACAAUGCGUCGAAAUAAUGUGAAAAAAGAAAGAAUGGCUCUAAACGGAUUUCUUGAAUUCUUUCAAAAAGGAAAGACAUUUAGGCCGAAAAAACGCUUUUCAACCGGUACAAUUCGAUAUUCUUUGCAUAAGCAGGCACAGGCAAGUCUUCAGUCUGGCAUUAAUUUGCGUCAGGUGGUGCGUUUGCCGGAAGGCGAGAACAUGAACGAUUGGCUGGCUGUGCAUGUUGUGGACUUCUUUAAUCGAAUAAAUCUAAUUUAUGGCACUGUGUCUGAGUUCUGCAGUGAAACAACAUGUCCAGUUAUGUCUGGUGGGUCACGGUAUGAAUACCUUUGGGCAGAUGGGGAAAACUACAAGAAGCCAACACAUCUACCAGCGCCACGUUACGUUGAACUUCUUAUGGACUGGAUAGAAUCGCAAAUAAACAACGAAACUGUUUUUCCCGUAUCGACGGAUGUGCCUUUUCCCAAAACUUUUGUCACACUUUGUAGGAAAAUACUUACCCGUUUAUUUCGUGUAUUCGUCCAUGUGUACAUCCAUCAUUUUGACCGAAUUGUAAGCAUCGGAGCGGAAGCUCAUGUUAACACCUGCUAUAAGCAUUUUUAUUAUUUUGUCCAAGAGUUUGAUUUAAUUUCAAGCAAAGAAUUAGAACCGCUAAAUGAAAUGACUUCAAAAAUUUGCAAGGAUUCAUAAUAUUAAUGAAAUCUCUAUAAACUACUACUUUGUGUUAUUUAAAUCUCAACCAAACAAACUCGAAUGUAUACAUUAAAAAAUAAGACGAGUGGGAGUUAGUAUUAGAUAAAAAUGUAUAAUGUAUAAUGUUUUUGUAGGAUAUUUUGUAUUGUUCCUUUCUCUAGAUUGGAACACUAGCAGAGAUCAAAUAAGAAUUAGAAUUAUUUAACUAAAGAUUAGAACACAAAGCCUAAGGCAAAUAAUUAAUAACUAACAAUAAAUCAUUUACUAUAUAUUUUACACAGUUAUACAAAAAAAAUAAUAAAUUUCAAUUGUAAAUUAAGACUAAUUAUAAUUGUAUUUAUAUGAACGAGUGUUCUAAUAGUCUGAAAUUAUGCUCGUGACUUAAACAUAAAAUAAAAAGAUAUUGUAUUUAUAAAAUAUACAAUGUAUAAAGUAAAAAUUAAAUUUAAAAAAGA